CUCGUCGCUCCCCCUCCCUGCCCGCGGCCUCCCGGGCUCCGGCUGCAGCGUCAGCCUCGGACGGGCCUUUUCUGCGGCGGCGGCGGCGGCGGCGGCUCCUCGGCCUCAGCCCCGGGGCACCUCGGCGCCCCUCGGCCCGGGUCCGCAGCGACGCUCUCACUCACCACCCGGGCGCCCGCCUAGGCCGCGGCCGCAGCCCCGGGCUCGCGUCGGCGCCGCCCGCUCCCGGCCCGCCCCCUAUGGGCCCCGGUUAGAGGUGCCGCCGCCGCCGGCCCGCGGAGCCCCGAUGCUGGCCCGGAGGAAGCCGGUGCUGCCGGCGCUCACUAUCAACCCCGCCAUCGCCGAGGGCCCGUCCCCCACCAGCGAGGGCGCCUCCGAAGCAAACUUGGUGGACCUCCAGAAGAAGCUAGCAGAGCUAGAACUCGACGAGCAGCAGAAGAAGCGACUGGAAGCCUUCCUCACCCAGAAGGCCAAGGUCGGGGAACUCAAGGACGAUGACUUCGAACGAAUCUCGGAGCUGGGAGCCGGGAACGGUGGGGUGGUCACCAAGGUCCAGCACAGACCUUCCGGCCUCAUCAUGGCGAGAAAGCUAAUCCACCUGGAAAUCAAGCCGGCCAUCCGGAACCAGAUCAUCCGUGAGCUGCAGGUGCUGCACGAGUGUAACUCUCCGUACAUUGUGGGCUUCUACGGGGCCUUCUACAGCGACGGUGAGAUCAGCAUCUGCAUGGAGCACAUGGAUGGUGGCUCUCUGGAUCAGGUGUUGAAAGAAGCCAAGAGAAUUCCUGAGGAGAUCUUGGGGAAGGUCAGCAUUGCGGUUCUCCGGGGAUUGGCGUAUCUCCGGGAAAAGCACCAGAUCAUGCACCGAGACGUGAAACCUUCCAACAUCCUCGUCAACUCCCGAGGGGAGAUUAAGCUGUGCGAUUUUGGGGUGAGCGGGCAGCUCAUCGACUCCAUGGCCAACUCCUUCGUGGGAACUCGGUCCUACAUGUCUCCAGAGCGGCUGCAGGGCACGCACUACUCGGUGCAGUCGGACAUCUGGAGCAUGGGCCUGUCCCUGGUGGAGCUGUCCAUCGGAAGGUACCCCAUCCCCCCACCAGACGCCAAGGAGCUAGAGGCCAUAUUUGGCCGGCCCGUGGUGGACGGGGUAGAAGGAGAGCCUCACAGCAUCUCACCACGGCCGAGACCCCCUGGACGCCCCAUCAGCGGUCACGGGACGGACAGCCGGCCGGCCAUGGCCAUCUUCGAGCUGCUGGACUAUAUUGUGAACGAGCCACCUCCUAAGCUGCCCAGCGGCGUCUUCACGCAGGACUUCCAGGAGUUUGUAAAUAAAUGCCUAAUAAAGAACCCAGCAGAGCGAGCGGAUCUGAAGAUGCUCAUGGGACCCUGGCUGGGUGGCCUGCCUCACGUGGAGGUGAAGGCUGGCCCCUGAGAAGCUGUCCUGGGUGCCCCCUGCCCCCCAAAGAACCAAGCCCACCUGGCUCGGCUGUCCACUCCCUGCACAUGUCCGGUUCUGCUCGCCUCUGAGCCCUUCCACACACUGUUCUCUCUGCACCUGCCUAGCUCCUGCUCACUGGUGUGUGGGCAGCUGCUCAGAAUUCACCUUCUCAGGGAGGACACCCCUGCUUUCCUCACCCCUGUAACCCUCCUGUGUGGCUGCAGUCACCCCCUCCGCUCACGUACAAGCUCAUGCAGGGGUCACUCGCCACCCCCGUGCCCUGACCCUCAUCUCCUUUCUUCCAGUGACAGGAUUUUUUCACAGGGACCCAGGUUUCUAAACACAAUCACAUCACCACCCCCAUGUCUGUUGGGCCCUGGGACCCAGGGUGCAGGCGCAGGGGCUGUCCAGGGGUCAUGGGGGGGGGAGGAAGGGGAGGGGCGCAGGGGAAGUGCAAAUCUCUCACUCUUGCCUCCCUCCCUGUGUGCACCUGCUGCUCCCUGUUCUGGAAGCUUCUCUGUCAUCACCCUUCUCCACCCCCAACUCCUGCUCAAACUUCAGGCUCAGGACAAACAUCCCCCCUCCCCCCACUCAGGGCAGCCUGCUCCCCACCCCCACCCCACCCCCGCCCCAACAAGGGCCACCGUUGGGGCCACCAGACCUUCCAGUGAACCUUCAGCACCGCUGCUUGUUGGAUUUUCUCCCACCUUCCAUCUUCGUGGCCUCGGACUUGGCAGUGGGUUCUUCAACAUAACACGUAAGCACAAGCAGCAAAAGAAAACACAGGUGCGCUUGGACUGAUCAAACCGGGUGCAUGAAAGGACCCCAUCAAGAGACAACCCAGAGAGUGGGAGAUGGCUCUAGGGUCCAGAGCAUAAAGAAUCCUUACAGCUCAGCAACCAAAAGACAAGCGCCCCAAUUAAAAAGCAGGCAGAGGGUUGGAAUGGACAUCUCCCCGCUGGACCCACGAGCAGACAUUGGACUUGGUUCCCCACGGAUGACACCUGGAUUUGGGCUGGCUUUUUGGCUGGCCCGCAGGGGGGGCGGGGUCCCAGCACCAGGACCUGGGAGGUGCAUUGGCAAGGCCGAGGCCCGGGGUCCUGGGGUUGGGGGUCAGGAGGGAUGCUUGAAGGAACCCCUAGGUGUGCUGUCCCCUGUCUUCACCCCACAUUAAAGAGCAGGAAGUCGCUCCCUGUGUGACUCCUCC